GAAGGUAGGCUGCCGGGCACGUUCGUUGUCGUAUUCCUUUCUGCUCUUUGACGCUGCCGAGGAAGCAUCGCUGAAGGCUCUCGUAACCCCGCCGUCAUGUCUAAGUCAGAGUCUCCCAAGGAGCCAGAACAGCUGCGGAAGCUCUUCAUCGGAGGGCCGAGCUUCGAAACAACUGACGAGAGUCUGAGGAGCCAUUUUGAGCAAUGGGGAACACUAACCGACUGUGUGGUAAUGAGAGAUCCAAAUACCAAGAGAUCCAGGGGCUUUGGGUUUGUCACAUAUGCCACUGUGNAAGAAGUGGAUGCUGCCAUGAAUGCAAGACCACACAAGGUGGAUGGAAGAGUUGUGGAACCUAAGAGAGCUGUGUCAAGAGAAGAUUCUCAGAGACCAGGUGCCCACUUAACUGUGAAAAAGAUCUUUGUUGGUGGUAUUAAAGAAGACACUGAAGAACAUCACCUGCGAGAUUAUUUUGAGCAGUAUGGGAAGAUUGAAGUGAUAGAAAUUAUGACUGACAGAGGCAGUGGAAAAAAGAGGGGCUUUGCUUUUGUUACCUUUGAUGACCAUGACUCUGUGGAUAAGAUUGUUAUUCAGAAAUACCAUACUGUGAAUGGCCACAACUGUGAAGUAAGAAAGGCUCUGUCAAAGCAAGAGAUGGCUAGUGCUUCUUCCAGCCAGAGAGGUCGCAGUGGUUCUGGAAACUUUGGUGGCGGUCGUGGAGGCGGCUUUGGUGGCAAUGACAAUUUUGGUCGAGGAGGGAACUUCAGUGGUCGUGGUGGUUUUGGUGGCAGCCGUGGUGGUGGUGGAUAUGGUGGCAGUGGGGAUGGCUAUAAUGGAUUUGGCAAUGACGGUGGUUAUGGAGGAGGCGGCCCUGGUUACUCUGGAGGAAGCAGAGGCUAUGGAAGUGGUGGACAGGGUUAUGGAAACCAGGGCAGUGGCUAUGGCGGGAGUGGCAGCUAUGACAGCUAUAACAACGGAGGAGGCGGAGGCGGCUUUGGCGGUGGUAUUUUCCUUCACACUACUGUCCUCAAGUGUUAA